UCCGUACUCUCCCAUCCUGCCGGCACGACCGGCUUCACGAGCGAAGACGGCGGAGCAGCUCUCUCAGACUAGCCUCAUUCAGCGAUGGCCUCGGUAGCCUAAGCGCAACGUCUCAACGUGCAACGGCCGCAUUGCGCUCAGUGUGUGUGUGCCACUCGCUCAGCCUUGUUCGAAACGUGUUUCCUAUCGCCGGGGCACUUAAUUGCCGAUCGAAUUCUCGCGGCUCGGCAAGCCUGCACCGUAUCUGGACUACCCCGUCCUCCCGAUAAGCUCCUGCUGGGAUGGACUACCCGGUCGCCUAGUCCGCGGCUCUGGUUCUUUCUUCUCGGUGUUUGGUGGCAUCUUCGACUGUGCUCGAUUGUGUUUCAGGAUCUCGUUGCGUUCGAACAUGCAACACGGCGGGCCCGUUAUGGCUGCGCCGGCAUCUCCCGUGUCCGUGAUGGUGAACGGCUCUCCGGUUGCCCUGAAGACGACGACGGCCGAUCUGAGUGUCAGCCCGACGAGUCCCGUGCCCCACGUGGUUCGCGUGUCCGUGGUCCCGGCUUCGGCGGCGGUGUCGCCCCAGUCUCCCGCGACCGCUGCGACGACGGCGGAAUCCGACGAGCGCAGCAGCAGCGGCGCGUCUAGCGGCACGGGCAGCGACGACGAGGCGCCCUACGACAGCGACUCCGGCGCCGAGAUGAAGUUCCACCUGCGCGAACUCGAGGAUACCCCGUCGUCUUCGCCCGACGGCAGCGGCGUCAGCUGCGGACGUCCGCUGGACGUCGAGAAGGCCAUCCUGUCCCGCCAGGGCACUGUUCGCGGAGUGCGCAACUUGGUCAGGGCCUCCAUCAAGUGCAUCGCCGACUGCCAAGAGGGCAAGCGCAACUACGUUCGCGAAGAAGAGGGCCGCGUAGUGCUGUACACGACCUCUAUGGGCGUCAUCCGGCAGACCUGGGAGCAGUGCCGACGCGUGCGCAACACGCUGCAGACUCUGCUGGUGCGCUUCGAGGAGCGAGACGUGUUCAUGAACCGCACGCACCAGAAGGAGAUCAUGGACCGCACGGGACUACGGCACGUCGUGGUGCCGCAGCUCUUCGUCGAGGGACACCACCUUGGCGGAGCGGAAACAGUGGAGCGUCUGAAUGAAACCGGCCAGCUCAGGCAGAUGCUGAAGCCGUACAAGAAGAGCACCGUCGGAGGCACGUGCGCCAUGUGCGGCGGCUACCAGUACCUGCCCUGUCCCGUGUGCGGCGGCAGCAAGAAGUCGGCGCAGCACAGGCACCGCUUCUCGUCCUCGGUCAUCUUCCUCAGGUGCCUCAACUGCGACGAAGGUGGCCUGGUGCGGUGCCAACUGUGCAUCAACGGCGACAGUUGAGCGGGCCCCGCCGCCAUUGCGCCCACGCUGUGGCAUCGGCAACAGGCAGUCCCGGAUAAAAUGCGCAGUCCCGGAUAAAACGACCACGCGAAGGACAGCGGCCGCUUCGAGCUCCGGUUUCAGCAUCGCACCACUUGAGAGACUUGCCAGUGGUGUCGUGCGUUUCGUGAGCCACGAGCUUUUACACGCUUCACAGACCGGCGACGGAAAGAAAAAAAGAAAGGACAGGACAAACCGCGACGAGCAACCUUGGGAGCAACUCCGGGGGUCACUGUUACUGCUGAAACGUGGUCCCAACCACCCAAUGCGUGUGCGACCUCUAUACGGCUGUCCGUUUCUUGCCCAGCUUGUCGGAUGGCCGGAGGCCUUGACGAACUUUUAACACCGCGUCUGACGAGGGACACCGAGUGCUUCGUCGCCUGCACCAGCCUGCGUGCGAGAUCGCCUCUGCGGAAAAAGUGUAGGAUCAGGGACAAACUCGCGAAAAACUGGCGGAGUUGCUUUUUUGUCGUGCUUCGAUGAUUCUUCCCCCGUUUUUUCUUUUUUUGUUCAUUUUGCUGGUGAUGGCAUUCUUUAGGUCGCGAAGUGUGCGGCAGUGAAUGCGCGUGGUCUCAAUGUCAGCAAAACAUUGUAGUAAUACGCCUGCCAUGUCUUGAGAACUGCACGCCAGGCCCUGCUGUAAAAGCGUGAUCAUCAGUUCGCUUUGCCUUCGAAGGCUUUGAUGCGACUCCCUUAUUGCUCAGCCCGACGGCUACAUUCUCCGUGUGACGCGUACGUUUUAUGGGGACAUUUCGACCGUGAAAAGCAGUAGUCGUUAAGUCAAAUGCUGUGCCCGAGUGCUGCGUAUGGCUUAAGCUCUGUGAAGAUGUGCUUCGUAUACCUCAGAUUAUACUUAACCAAGCCCAUCCCGCGUGGUUUGUUCGGCGUCGUUUCUCGGUGUUACUGCAGAAUCAAAGUUGUUUUGCCAACUAAUGAAGCACUUCACUAGCCCUUUCUUCGGUGCUCAAGGUAACGUUCACCAGUAGCAGCCGCAGUGUUUGUUUAAAUGGUAACUCUCAAGCGUAACCGCAACGAAAGGAAAGAACCGAUAUUAUCAACGAAGAUUUUUGUUUACGUUUCUCUUCAUGUUUCAGUUGGUAUUAAGUGCUGCAUGUUGGGAUAUGUUUACCUUUAGGAAUCAUGGGCACCGCGGUUGCAGGUCACUGAACAUACUUCCUGGUUAGUACCGUAUAACCCCGAAUAACAGAAAAAAGACUCCAUGUGCUGCGUUAUCUCUUCUUAUAUGAAGAAAGAAUAAGCAAGGAUCAUUUGUGCUUAACAUGCCUGAUAACACGUGUGCGCACCGAGUGAAGCGGUAACAAAAUUUCUAAAGACGUCGCUAUCGAACUGCAUGCUGUGAGUGCUCCGUUUGUUUAUUCUGUAGUUAGCGGUUACUCGUAAAGAUCUCAAACAUUCCCUCGAACCUUUUAACGGCUUAUCACGGGGCAAUGUUGGUAUCUAUACUUGCUUUAUGAGCGAGAGUUAUUCGUAUCCAAAUAGAGAUUUUGACUUGAGCUGUCAACUUUUACCAUUGGAGUCCGAUCUUGUGUGUGCGCUGUAUGUAAAGUGUCGUCACUAACCAACAAGGAGCUCUGACAUCGGAGACAAAAUGUAAUUUUUUUUCAUAUUUACCCGCAAUUGUGGCGGCAAGCUAUUUGAAUGAUCACCGGAGCGGCAGUUGUGAGGCGCGACUUUGCGAUUUCUAUGAUUUAGCAUGAUUUUGAAGAAAGUGGGACACUUAUAGGAAAGAGGAGGCUUAUUCACGCUUGGAACAUUUCGUACGCGCCCAGUUGCGUGGUAAUAGCUAUCGCUGUUUCGGAAUUACGGCGGGCUAUUGUUGAUGGAAGCGUGCCCUAUGAUUUUUGUUUUCCUUCGCCAAGUUUGUGCAAGUGCAGCCUAAUUAUUUUGCUCAACCUAAGUGAACGGGUGGUGUGAUGUGGCGAAGUUCAUCGUGCCUACGAGGGGAAAAAAAUGUUUGCACCGAAGCUCGGGAUUGCUAUUGCACAUCCGUGCAUUGUAGCCCGACUUGUGUGACGUGUCAGAUUGUGUAAUGUUAAGUGCGUGCGUGUCUGUGUGUGCGCGUGUGUGUGUCGAUCUUCGGUUCUCACAAACUAAUCAGAGUGCGAGACUCACGGAAUGGACAACUUCUGCGCCCUCAUUGCGACUGUGGUGUAAAAAGACCCGAAAGCCGCUACUUGAACGCCCUUGGAAAGCUUGGAUUCCGUUUAGAGUCCUGUUAACUACACACUUUACAGGAAGUGUCUUUUUUUUGUUUUGCUUCGGUCGAUUGCUUAAUCGAGUAGGACGUACGUGGAACAGUUAGCUUUUAAUUUGUAUUUACCGGCAUAGUGCUCGCGCAUAUAUGUCGCUUUCGCAGUUCUGAUUAAAAAUUAUUCUCUUUUAUUUGGCUUGCAUCGUUUACCUGUCGUCCGGGAAUGAGAUCUUCCCCCCGCAUCAUCAAUUUGUUCGCGAAGUGCUUCUUACCUGCCAGCGAGCCUUCAUUACCGCUACAGCCUUGUGGAUUGCGUGACUCGCGUUAAAGAUUGGAUAAGCCUAACUGUAUAACGAGCAUUUCGAAAAGUUAUAUGGUGUCUAACACUCAUCGGCGUUUUGCAAACGCACCUGAAAGGUCAGAAAUACCUCCAAAAGUCAGUAUCUUGUCUGUAUUUGUCUGUAUACUUUCACAGAUGAUUGUGCAAUUCGCGGAAGUUCUUGAUGACGUGUGCUGCAACGCAAUUGAAACACUGCAAAGGCCGUAUCGACUUUCGUAGCCUUCGGGAACAUUCCGUAUAUGUCUUGUGUGUAAUUUCGCGUGCCCUCUGCUGUUGUGAGUACAAGAUUCAUCAUUAAAGGCACUGGCUGCGACA